UGCUAACUCAAUAAAUGGGUGUGUGGUAUUAUUUUAACGUCCAAUAAUAAUUGUGAUUGUGUAAUAGACUACUUUUUAAUGAUUUUCUAUUCCAUUUGGCAUCAAAAGAAAGUUAAGUUAACAAGUGUGCUUGCUUUUAAUAUUAUAACAUUGUGAAUUUUGGAAAGUUGUUUUUACAAAAAAAUGGAAAAUGGUCUAUUUAGCAGCUUAGUUAAAACAGAAGUGUCUAGAAAUGAAUUGGCUUCUGAUGAAUUUAUUUCAAAAUGUUGUGGUGAAAUAAGCUAUAAUAUUGGAAGUGAUUGGUUGCGAUGGGGAAGACACCUCGGUCUAAGUGAUUCAGACCUUGAUAACAUUGGCUCUGAUAACAAAAAUUGUUAUGAAAAAGCUGAUAAUGUUUUUAAAAAAUGGAAACAAAAAAUUGGAAAUCCUUCAUGGGAGCAAUUAAAAAAAGAAUUAAUGGCUUUUAAUCGAUUAGAUAUUGUGAUUAAAAUUGAAACAAAAUUUGGUGAGAUUUCAAGUUCACCAAACAAAGAUUUCACUGUUUUUUCCAAUAAAGAUUCUUCAAAUACACCUGAUAUUGCUAGCAAAAUUUAUGUCAAGAAAGAUAUAUCAGAGAUUUGCGCAGCACUGAAAAACUAUUAUCUUGUAAAUUAUGGGAAAAUAAAUGAAGUUCAACCACACCUAAAAACACCUGCAAAUGUUGAUCUGAUAAAUACUUUUGUUGAUCUUUGUAUUGUUGAUGCAGUGAAUACUCAAUUGGAUUUUGUUUUCAGUGUUGAACGAAAAGAAUUUCUUGAAAAGCAAAAGAGUUAUACACCAAUUCCAUAUAGUGAAAUAUUUAUGAAAGAAAAAUCAGUAAUACUAAUAUCUGGAAUAGCUGGUAUUGGGAAAACAUGGUUGCUCAGAAAAUGUUUACUUGAUUGGUCAAAUAAUUUAAUUUGGAAAAAUGUUGAACUUGUUUUUUAUUUAGAAUGCAGGAGACUUAAUCAACAUCAAAAUAUUUCUAAUAUUAAUGAUUUAUUAAAUGUUUUCUACAAUGAUAUUUUAAACGAUUUUAAUAUUAGUAAUCAUACUGCACUGUUUAUCAUUGACGGAUUAGAUGAGUUUAUAUAUUUCAAUGAAUUAUUAAAUCCAAGUUUUAACUACCCAGUUGUUAAUACUUUAACAGAUAUUAAAAAAUAUAAACAUGUAAUUGCUGGUAGAGUUUAUGCAAUUGAUCAAUACCAAAGUAAAUAUACAGAGCAUAGUGAUAAGUCAAUUAUUCAAAUAAUGGGUUUUAAUGAAAAUGGAAUCAACAAUUAUAUAGAAAACCAUGUUAAAGAGGAAAAAAAAGAAGUUAUAAAAACAACUUUAAAGGAUUCGCCUAUUGCAAAAGCCAUGGCAUCUGUUCCAUUUUAUUUAUCUUCAAUGUGUAAAAUUAUUAGUGAUUCAAAUAAAAUAUAUACAAAUUCAUUCUUAACUAUGACUGAUUUGUAUGCAAAUAUUUUUUUAUACUUUUUGCAAAAACACAUCAUGAAAAAUGAUAAAUUGAUAUAUGAGAUAAUGGAAGACAGUUUUAAUAAAAGAUAUAUUUUAAAUAUUUGUAAAAUUGCUUAUGAGUUGUUUAUUAAAAAUAAUAUAAUAUUUUCCAAAAAAGAUAUUGAAUAUUUUAUCAGCGACUUUGAUCAAAAUGAUGGUAAUCUUUUGGGAUUUAUCGAAAAAGUUGAGACAAAUGUAGGCUGUUAUUAUCAAUUUGCGCAUUUGACAAUAAUGGAAUUUUGUGUAUCUGUAUAUGCAUAUAAUUGUUUAAGUCGUAAAAAAAUUAUGGCUAAUGAAAAGCUAAGAAGUUGUUUAUCAAUGAUUUGUGGAUUAACUAACAAUAAAAGCCAAAAUAGUUUAUUAAAGUUUCUUGUUAACCUAAAUCCUUCAAAUGAAUCUUUACCUUGGUUGUCUAUUUUUGGAUAUUUGUUCCCUGGGUACAGAACGAUUGGUAGUACUGGAUUACUAUGGAUUUUAGCAACCAAAACAAACAAAUGUUUGUAUUCUACGGUUUAUAAUCAAACUUGCAUAGAUUAGGAAUGUAACAGUGGCCAGGUAAAACUAAUUAUGAAUAUUCAAAAGAAUCAAGAUUAAUUAAUGCAAUAGAAAAAAAUAUUUUUUCUUUGUGUAUGUGUGUUUAGAAUAUUUCAUAUACUUUGUAAAAAUACAAAACGAAAUAAAGCACAUUCCCUCAUACUUUGAUAUGUUUGUUUAUACUAUAACAUUGGGUUUUUUUUUAAAUUAAAAGAGCCAAUUUUAUACUAUAAACAAAAAUUAUAGAGUAGGGUUUACUCUAUUUUGAUGUUUUCAUAAGUAAAAGUAAAAUGGGUUUUUUUCCGAGAUGUAUAAAUGGUAAAAUAAAUCAUCAGCUAAAAGUGUAAUAAAAUAUAUGCGCAUGUUAGCAGGAGUCCUUAUUGUGUUGAGCAUCUAUAAGUUUUGGUCUUGGUCUUGUCUAAAGUCUUGUUUUUGGUCUUGGGUUUACUUUGUGAUGUCUUGGUCUUAUGUUUUAAAUCUUUGUCUUUAGGUCUUAAGUCUUGGUUUUGAGAAUUAAUUAUUUGGUCUUAGUUAAGUUUAGUUUUAGUCUUUGCCUUACCCAUCUUGACUACAUCUCUGGUACAUAUAAGGCAUUUUUUAUUGUUUAUUUAAAAAUACUAUUGUUGUGCAGAAUAAUGUAAUAAAGUCUCCUAGCUUUGCAGACAUAACAUCACACAAAGAAGAUAAAUCUCUUCUUUUAUUUACUGUAGCCUUUAACACUUUGUCAAGGUUUCUGUUUUGAUAAUUUAAAGGAAUCAAGAUUAAAUAAUGCAACAGAUAAAUAAUAUAUUUAUAUUUAUAUUAUCUUAUGUGAAUUCUGUAAAAAUUCAUCAUUUAUUUCAAUGCAAUUUUUCAAAGCACAUGACUUGGUUAAAUGUUACCAGUAAUUUUUCUUAAAAUUUGGCUUCAAUUGUGCAUGUUUGUAUUUGUUUGAGUAAAUCAAAAAAUAUAAUGCGUUUUGCAAAUUUAUGAAAAAAAAUUAUAUCCUGCAUUUUUUUUAAAUACCUUUUGCAUUUAACUUAUUUUAUGAUAAAUACUUGAUAAAUAACCAUAACUCUAGAAUGUAGGGUAAGUAAACUUAUACAUUUUAAAAUAAUCUUUGUAUAAAACAAUUGUUAGCACAUGUAAUAAAGUUUCAUCUUUUAGAUUUAUUUUCUUUCUAUUUAUUUAUAAAUUGUUACAAAAGAUACUUUUACUGAAAUAACUGAAUAUUUUUUCUAGUAGAUUGUUUGUUAACUAUUUUACUUUUAAUGGUUAAUGUUUUUUUUUCUUAUUGGGUAUGAAUAAAGUUAAUUCUGUUGAAAUGACUUCUAUUGAUAAAUGAUUGUUAUGAUUAUGUUUUUAGACAAUUCUGUGUGAAAAUUUGCAAUUUUUUUUUUUAAUGCAACUCCAAAGUUUCAGAUUUUGUUAAUUUUUACAUCACUUAAAGAAUUUGAUAAUCUCUAAUGAAUAUUCCCAAAAAUUUUACAUCUAAUUCCAAACCUUUUCAACAAUAUGACAAUUUAAACUUUUUAUUAUGUUGCUCUGAAUAGUUUAGUUAUAGUUUUUACAAAGAGUUUUAUUUUUUAUUUUCAAAUUUACAAAAAUUUGUUACUUAUAAUUCAGGAAUUGUGAAAAAAACGGUGGUACUCCUUAGAGCUUAAUACACAGAAGUUGGUGUUGAAAAAAAUUUCCGAAAAAUUUUUCCACCCACCCUAAGCUAAUUAAGCUCCCCUCAUUUAUUCAAUUUUACUUAUAUUAGAAUCUUUAUCUCGAAUCUCAAAAAAUUUCAACUAUUUUUUGCUAAUUUUUAAGACCGGUAUAUUUUUAAGGUCUUGAAAAAUUAAAAACUAUAAACUCACUAAUAAGAAGAGAAGAAAUUUCCAGUUAAGACUACCUUCUCCUGUCCCCUCCUUCCCUUCCUAUCACUUCUCAUUUAUUACAUCAUAAUAAAAAUUCCCGUCCACCCCACAUUGUAUUACGGAUCUGAGAGUAACUUGACAUUAAUAAAAUGGGAACACAUUUGACCAUAUCAAAUUGUUUCUUUAGUUUAGAUGCUGACUUGGUUUUAUUGUUUCUUUAGAAGUUUGAUCCAACCUAGGUAAUAUUUGUUGAAAUAUUACCUAGGAUUACUUGAAUUAUAAAAGUGCAAAUGUAAAAGAAGCUCAAUUUUAUUUUUUUUUUUUUUUUGACUUAUUUGGUUGGAGUUAUCAGAAUCAAUAUAAUUAUGGACUUUCCUAAAACAGAAGUAAAGAGCAUUGUAUGUAUGACAAAUGUAUGUAUAAGCUUUAUUUUAUGUAUGAGUAUGUAUGUAUGUACUGUAUGUAUGUAUGUAUUUAUUGUAUUGUAUGUAUGUAUUGUAUUGUAUGUAUGUAUGUAUUUUCUCUAUUGGUCAGUGGCAAACGUUGGUCAAUAAAAAAAUGUUGGUUUUUAUUUUAA